CCCCGGGCGGCGGCCGCCGUGCUCUGCCUCUCCUACGGCCACUCCGACGACCGCUUCUGGCUGGCGCUCACCGUGUUCUUCGUGCUCUGCCCGUCCGUCCUGGUGCAGCUCACGCUCAUCUUCGUGCACCGCGACCUCAGCCGCGACCGCCCGCUCGUCCUGCUCAUGCACCUGCUGCAGCUCGGGCCCGUCAUCAGGUGUGUGGAGGCGCUGGUGGUGUACUGCUGGGCAGGGAGGCAGGAGGAGCCCUACGUCACCAUCACCCGCAAGCGGCGGCUGCGGAAGGGCUACGAGGUGGAGAUGGAGCAGGAGGUGGGGCACUCGGAGCGCCGGCUGGCCACGCACCGCAACGCCUUCAAGCGCAUGGCCGUCAUCCAGGCCUUCCUGGGCUCCACCCCGCAGCUCACCCUGCAGCUCUACAUCAGCGUGCUGGAGAAGUACGUCCCUGUAGCCCGAGCCGUCCUCAUGGCCAUCUGCCUGGUGUCAGUCACCUACGGGGCGCUGGUCUGCAACAUCCUGGCCAUCCAGGUCAAGUACGACGACUACAAGGUGCAGCUGCGGCCGCUGGCCUUCCUGUGCAUCGUGCUGUGGCGCAGCCUGGAGAUCUCCACCCGCAUCGCCGUCCUCGUGCUCUUCAGCACCGUCUUCAAGCACUGGAUCAUCCCCAUCGCCCUGGCCAACCUGCUGGUGGUGUUCUUCCUGCCCUGGCUGCAGUUCUGGCGCAGCGGCAGCCGCCUGCCCGACAACAUCGAGAAGAACUUCAGCCGCCUGGGCACGGUGGUGGUGCUCUGCGCCUUCACCCUGCUCUACUCCAGCAUCAACAUGUUCUGCUGGUCGGCCGUGCAGCUCAAGCUGGCCGACAGGGACCUCAUCGACAAGUCGCAGAACUGGGGCCGCGUGCUCGUGUACUAUGCGACCCGGCUGGCCGAGAACACGGCCCUGGUCAUCCUCUGGUACUUCUUCAAGACUGACGUCUACGAGAACGUCUGCACAGCCCUGCUGGUGCUGCAGCUGCUCCUGGGCUACUGCCUGGGCAUCUACUUCAUGCUGCUCUUCUUCCAGUACCUGCACCCGUGCCGCCAGCUCUUCAGGCGCAACGUGGCCGAUUUCCUGCACUGCGUGUGCUGCCGCCGGCGCCCGGCAGGGACCCCCCUGUGCCUGGAGGCGCCCGUGGAGCCCGGCGUGAGGCACAGCAUCGUCUGAGCACCUGGCUCCUCCAGCCAGCUGGGCACCAGCCUGAGGAGGC